AUGGGAGAGUUCCAACAGCAGCUGCUCACUCUUUUUGGGGGUCUAAUUUGUCUAUUUACUCUGGUGAAAUGCAUUAGAUUUUUGAAGUAUUUUUUCCCCUAUGUAUGGAAUGCUUUGCCUCAGUCUUUCUUUCGGUCAAUGGGAGAAUGGGCAGUGGUCACAGGAGCAGGAGAUGGAAUUGGAAAAGCAUAUUCCCUGGAGCUGGCAAAACGUGGAUUAAAUAUUGUUAUGAUAAGCAGAACACUUGAAAAACUGCAGAAAGUAGCCACUGAAAUUGAACAGGCCACAGGUAGAAAUGUGAAGAUCAUACAAGCUGACUUUACAAAAGAUUACAUAUAUGAGAAUAUUGAAGAAUGUCUUCAAGGCUUAGAAAUUGGCAUUUUGGUUAACAAUGUUGGAAUGCUUCAUAAUCCUCUUCCAUGCCGUUUCCUUAAUGGAGCAGACACAGACGAGAACCUCAUCAGCUGCAACAUUAUCUCUGUUACCAAGAUGACACGGAUAAUUUUGAAACAAAUGGAGCCAAGACAAAAAGGACUUAUUCUGAACCUUUCUUCUGGUUUGGGCACCUUCCCUUGUCCAUUAUAUACUAUAUAUUCGGCUUCUAAAGCUUUUGUAUGCACAUUUUCCAAAGCACUUCAAGCAGAAUAUAAGGCAAAGGGAAUUAUCAUACAGGUGGUGGCUCCUUAUGCUGUUUCUACUCCAAUGACAAUGUAUCAAAAACCCAAUCUCAUAACAAAGACGGCAGAGGAAUUUGUUAGAGAGUCACUGAUUUAUGUUACUGUUGGAGAGGAGACAUUUGGUUGUUUAGCCCAUGAGAUCUUGGCGUGCAUCCUGCAGCUCAUUCCGUUGUGGGUAUUCCACAGUGACAGAUUUCAAGAGGUGUUCCUGAACACAUUUCCGACUUACCUGAAAAGGAACUGGAAGAGCCCCUAACAAAAUCAACUUUUUAGACCAUGUGAAAUUGUGAAUCCUAGCUUCAUACACUAGAAUUCUGGGGGCUAAAGUCAGCUCUGGAUGAAUUUGGCCCAGCAUGCUUACUGAAGAAGUUUGCUAAGGGCCUGGUCCAAAGGCCAUUGAAGUCAAUGUUUUUCCAAAGACUUCAAUGAGCUUUGGAUCAGUUACAGAGGGAUGGGAUGCUACGGCUGCUUUUGCUUCUUUAAACUGAGCUUGUAGAUGGUGCAGCUGUUUGAUGUUUACAAAUAAAACAAUUUGCAUUAUUUCCAAACAGGUUUGUUUGCUUUGAUGCUUUUAGGAAGACUCACAUGAUCUGUGAAGGGGCUUUGGAUUUUUGUGGGAGGACACACAGAUUAUGCUGGAGGAGGAGGAGAUAGUGGGAAGAGAUUAUAGAGGAUGGAGGGAAUCUGUGCAUAGGG